GCUAAAGUGAUUCAUGGAUGGAAAUUGUGUUGCGAGUAACAUUCUAGUUAAGUUAAUUGUGUAAACAUCUUGGAACGUUUGUGUUGACACUCAAUCAGAUUAUUCUAUGAUUCUUCAUCAGCAAUGAGUGAAGAAAUGAAUGACAUAUCCUACUUAAGCUAUGACAUAAAUGGUACAAGAUAUAUUUAUAAACUUGCACCAUCACCGACAGACAUUAUGAAGAAUUCGGCAGUGAGUGAAGAACAAACUACAGUUGAUAUUGCUAAGGGAAGUGAAUUGGACAAUGGAGAAGAACCGAUUUCAUUAGUGUGUUUGAAUGGACAGGUAUAUGCAAUUAAAAAUGGAGUGAUUGAAGAGGUGGGUACCAACCUACAAUCUGUAGAACAAACGAGUUACAACGAAAAGGCAUUCUUGAUGUCAAAGAAUAUGGAAAAUAACGAAAAUGAUUAUAUCAAGAAUGAGAAUAUAGUAAUCGAAAAUCCAUACAGACAAUCUGAGGAGCAAUACGAAGUCGCUACAGAGGAAGCAGUGAAAGAUCUCGUUGGGCAAGAUAACAAUGUUAACGUCGAUGAUUUCUUAGAAAUUGUGACUGCUUUUAAAUGCAAGAUGUGUACUUACCUGUCUCAGGACAAGACGCAAUUAUUAGAUCACAUUCAGAAACUACAUUUAAAUUCUACUAUAGAUAUUACACCAAAGGAAGAAUCUAAAAUGGAUGAAGUAAAAAUAGUUUAUAUGUGUGCGGAGUGUUCCAACUGCUUCCAUUCUUUUGAGGACUGUAAAGAACACAUGAUUAAUGAUCAUCAAUUAACAGACAUUGCGAGUGAUGAGGCUGGAAAAGAAAAUUUGACAGACCUAACGAAUCCUGGCUUGGUAACUGAACAUGAGGCUCAACAUAUCGAAAACAUUGAAGCGGAAAAAGAUCCAGUAAAAAUUUCGAAGACCUUAAAUUUAGAAUAUAUGCGUAAUAGGAAAAUGAUAGAGUCAGCAGAAAGAAAUGUCAAGUGUUCUUAUCAGGGCUGUCAAUACAAAUUCGCCUCGGAAGAAAUUAUGCAGCAACAUAUUCUUUACCAUACAGAAUCUGAAACUGCAACAACAUUUAAAUGCACCAUAUGUCGAGAUAUGAAGUUUACGAAGUGGCGCCAAUGUAACUUGCAUUUAUGGAAGAAGCACCAAAUUGACAUAGGCUUGUUUACCUGCAAAAUUUGUAAAGUCUACAAAAGUGCUACCAUGGUAAAACUCUUGACGCACAUGAGGGUACACAGUGACACUCGUGAUUACAAAUGUCCCGAUUGCGAGAAAUGUUUCAAACAAGCUAGCCAGUUACGUAAUCAUCGCAUAAUGCAUUUAGAUCGCAAAACAUUAGAAGUAACUCGAUGGUAUACUUCUAAGACAUGUGACAUGUGCGGUAAAACGUAUGCGAAUUCAAAAUGUUUAAAGAAUCACAUUCAAGCUGUUCAUUCCAAGUUACGUCCAUAUGUAUGUAACGUUUGCGGUCAUGCUAGUGCCAGAAAGGCAAUGUUACAAAUGCAUUUGCGUCAACAUACAGGAGAUAAACCUUUCAGUUGCGAGAUUUGCGAUUACAAAACUGGAGAUCACAAUACCUUACGACGGCAUAUUAUGCAACACACAGGAUUUCGACCGUAUAAAUGUCCACAUUGCUCAUAUAGCGCGAUACAGAGCAGCAGUUAUAAAAAUCAUUUAAAAUCGAGGCAUCCUUUGCUGUCUGGCUUAUUUACAUGCGAUCUGUGUCCUUUUAAAACGGUGAAAAAUGAAAGUUACAUCCAGCACUUAGGUGACCAUGAAAAAGGUUUAAUAAAAUCUAAUGUGCAGAAAAAAGAUAGCGAGAAUGUCGAAGUCUUUCCCGGUAACAUUGCGGCAGCGCAAUUAGUUUAUAGCUGUUUAGGUGCCUUUUCGAAAGAUGGAGAUACAUUAGAAGCUAAUUUGAUGUCUUCCUCAACAUCUGCUGAUGGCACUUCCCAAACCAUCACGAUACAAAUACCAUCGAAACAUCUUCAAGGUUCAUUAUCAACAAGAGAAAGUUUAAACAAAAAUGAUUCUAUUGAGCAAGAGGAUGACGAGACAAUGCAUUGCUUCUUAAAAAUUCCUAGAGAAGAAGAAGAAAAUAUAGACACUGGUGGUAUAACGAUACCUGCAGAACCUGAAGAAAGAAGUAUUAGAACAAUCGAUAUUGAAGAGACAAACAUGGCAACUAGUGAUAUUGAAGAAACAAAUGUGACAAAUAUCGAUAUUGAUUCGUGAAAUUUACAAUAUAUAAAAUAGUAAUUAAUGCCGAAUGAAAUGUCCUCCAAUUAAGCAAGUGACACAAUAUUACACAUUAUAACA